AUGAUUUUUGAUCGUUCUCUUUUACUCUCUCUCUCUCUCUUUCUCUUUAUCUCUCUUUCUCUUUCUCUCUCACUCUCUUUCUCUCUCUAUCACUCUCUGUCUCUUUCUUUCUCUUUCUCUUUAUCUCUGAUUCUCUCUAUCUCUUUCUUUUUUACGGCCCUUUUAUUUUUCUACUUCAUUAUUUUCUUCCUUUUUUUUCCUUCUUUCUUUUUUUUUUCUUUUUCUCUUGUGCCAGCAUUUCAUCUUCAUUUGUUUUUGUCCCUGCUGUACUUCAUCAUUGUUCGCAACAAAAUCAUGCAGAGUCAUUCUCGCUUCUCUCGUCUCUUUUUACUCUCAUGUCUUCUGUCUUUUCUUUCCAAACUUUUUUUAUCUCGCCAUUUUCUUUCUCUCUUUCUGUUAAUUAUCUGCUUAAUUUUCGUUCUCCCUAAUUGCUUUCCUUUCCGUAUUAACAUAUUUCUUUCUAGUCUCUUUCUCUCUCAAUCUUUCCCCCCACUUCUUUUAAUUGUCUCCUCAGUUUUUGUUCUGCCUAAUUGCUUUCCAUUUUCUAUUUACAUUUCUCUUUCCCUCUCAUCCAUUAUCUGUAUCGAUCUCUUUUUUUUCCCAUUUCCUAUCUGCAUCUCUCAUUUUUCAUUCUCUCUCUACAUCUCUUUCUUUUUUUUUUUCAUUCUCUCUCUGUCUACAUCUCUUUUUUACCUUUCUAUUAUUUAUGUACAUCUCUCUUUUUCAUGA